AUGGCUAUCAUCAGGAAGAGACUUGCUUUGGCUCAAGAGAGGCAAAAAAAAUAUGCCGAUCAUAGAAGAAAGGAGCUGCACUUUGAAGUAGGAGACAAGGUAUUCCUAUGGGUGGCUCCGAUGAGAGGAGUUAUGAGAUUCGGCAAGAAGGGCAAGUUAACCCCAAGAUACAUCGGCCCAUUCAAGAUUCUUGAAAAGAUAGGAGCAGUUGCUUAUCGGCUUGCACUAACCCUAGAGUUUUCAGUCAUGCAUGAUGUUUUCCAUGUUUCAAUGCUUCGGAAAUAUGUGCAUGACCCUACACAUGUGUUGGAUUAUGCGCCUCUUCAGAUGCACAAAUAUUUCUCAUACAAGGAAGCGCCAGUCCGAAUCUUGGAUUGGGAGUUUUGA